GAGAGAGAGAGAGAGAGUUUAUCCAAUUAUUUUGUACGAUUGGCCGGUUAAUGAUACCAAAGUAAGAGUACCUUUUAGAGAGGACUACAUUUCCAACAACUCAGAUUCUUCUUAUUCCAAGUCAUACACUUGCAACUUAUGUAGCUCUUCCCUUCCCUUCUCAUUCUCAUUAAUUUCCUCUUCUUGUCCUUCUCUGUCUGUCUGCAUUAAGUCCAGUUGUUAUGAACAUCACUUUAAUACUAGUAUAAACCAGGUCUUAAAGAACAUCUAUUUUUUUGGCUUUCUUCUGGGUUUUUUUUUUUGAGAACAUAUAACUGGAGCUAAGUUUUGGGAUUUGCUAUUUUCAAUAUGGGAAUCUGUUGUGAUCUUCAAGUAGAUGUCAAUGGAGAAGAGAUUUUCUAUGUAGAUAAGAGAAUUCUUGUAUCCUUCUCCGGUAGAUUAAGCAAAUUGUUCGGUAAGGCAGCGUGCACAACGAGCCCCCUGAGAGUGAUAUUCCACGAUUUCCCAGGUGGCGCGAAGGGUUUUGAGCUCGUCGUGAGGUUUUGCUACAACAAUGGCAGAAUUGACAUGACUCCUUAUAACAUAAUCCUAUUGCACUGUGCCGCGAAUUUCAUGGAAAUGAAGGGAGGCAGCUCAAGAUUACCUGACUUGAUAGACCAAAUGGAGAAAUACUUUAAAGGGAUCCACCGGUGGACCUGGUCUGAAUUGGUACUGUGUCUGAAGCAAUGCCAAGAUUUAUCGGCAGUGCCAAGUUCUUCAACUUUACUCCAAAAGUUCUUGAAUAUGUUUGUAGCGAAACUUGUUUUCCUGAAUGUCGCAAGCCCUUGUGCUUCCACCUCAGAUAAAUCUAGUAGCCAGUUUUCUAGUGAUAUAAGCGGCGACAGUAUCAAAAGCUACUCGUCGCAAGCUACGUGGUGGUUCGAAGAUCUUAAAUUCUUGAACAUUAAUUGGUUUGAGAAAGUCGUACACGAGAUGAUGUCAAAGGAAUUCGACCAUCCAACGAUAUGCUCAUUUAUCUUUUACUACCAAAGAUCGAAUUUUCUCGGUGCCUCACCGGCUACUGAGAAAGGGAAAAUCAUUGAGACCGUGAUCAAUCUGCUAUUCUCACUAGACAAAAGCUCCAUUUCCUCCAGAGGCUUAUUCUGCUUGUUUUCACUGGCUGUGUUCUCGAAAGUAAGUAAAUCUUGCAAAAUGAAGUUAGAGGCCAUGGUUGGUUCUAAGCUGGACGAAGCUAAGAUAGAUAAUUUGCUCAUUCCAUCUCCACGUGGGAAGAAAUAUAUGUACGACGUGAAUCUGAUUCUGAGGCUACUGAAAUCGUUUCUCUUAGAAAACCAAUUUUCAACGGGUCGAUUGGAUAAAGUUGCCUGCUUGAUGGAACUUUACCUUGCAGAAGUAUCCGCGGAUCCCUACUUGAAACCUUCCAAGUUUAUGGCAUUAGCCACAUCGCUCCCGGAUUUUUCCAGAGGCUCACAGAACAGAAUCUACCUUGCUAUUGACAUGUAUCUAAAGGUACAUAGCGGUCUAUGUCAGGAGGAAAAGAUGAAAGUGUGGUCUAUUCUGAAGUGUGAAAAGCACUCAGCGGAAUCUCUAAUAGACCUGGCCAAGAACUAUAAACUUGAACCACGAGGUGCUUGUACCUCUCAGCGAUUCAAGCACAAAAGCUUGUUUCAGGACACCAAGCAUAUCAGAUUCGUGUGCAAUGACUCGCGUUUUUUUGCUGAACACUUUCUUCUCUACUCCAAUUGACAAGCGCAAAUUGAACCACACGUACAGCAUUGAACGCGAGGGGGUGGAUAUGGAGGAAAAUCUCAAAUCAUAGAGCAGAAUCUGGCAAAAAACUAGGAAAUCUAGAUUGAAUAGGUGAAGCAAUGCUAAAGACUUGUGGAGUGGAUACGUGUUUGAGAAAGAAAUUUUGCACUCUUGUAAACUUCUUCCUGAUGUAUUUCCUUGAUGAGUUUGUACAGUUUGAGAAAUACGUUAAUGUAUUGAGUGAUCGAACUU